GCACGAUGGAGACGCCUGAACGAUGAGAGCAGACACGUAAACGGAAGAUGCUCUCCUUGACUGUGGUGUUGCUCCUCAGUGCUGCUGCUGGUGAUGCGGCGACUGGCCGUUACACAGAUGGAGCAGCUCCAUCCUCGACUCCGGCUCUCACUACUACCGCGUACCGCUCCGGUACUGAGGAGUCCGCCGGCCGUCCCGGGCUCGCUUUGGCCCGCUCGGCAGAGCAACCGGCCCCUACUACGGUCCACAAAGAAGCGUCUCACCACCACGGAGGUGGCUAUAGGAUAGUACAGUGGGAAUGGAGCUACGUACAGACACCGUACAUCAUUGCCAUUUGGCUCUUGUUGGCCAGCGUCGCCAAAAUAUUGUUCCACCUCUCACAGCGCUUCACCACGUUGGUCCCAGAGAGCUGCAUGCUGAUUCUGUUGGGUCUGGUUCUGGGUGGUGUGGUGCUUAUCGCCAGCAAGAAGCAGCUCUACCAGUUAGACCCAGGCCUCUUCUUCCUCUUUCUGCUCCCCACUAUAGUAGGGGAUGCCGGGUAUUUUAUGCCGGCCCGCCUGUUUUUUGACAACCUGGGUGCCAUUUUGAUGUAUGCGGUGGUGGGGACUCUGUGGAACGCCUUCUGUACGGGGUUCUGUCUCUACGGAGUGAAGCAGGCAGGGGUCAUCGAUGAUAAGGUGGAGGCAGGCUUGAUGGAGUUCCUGCUUUUCGGAGCUCUGAUUUCAGCCGUGGAUCCUGUCGCUGUGAUCGCUGUGUUUGAGGAGGUCCACGUUAACGACAUGCUCUUCAUCAUAGUCUUCGGCGAGUCGCUCGUCAACGAUGCGGUCACUGUGGUAUUGUAUAAGGUUUAUAUCUCCUUUGUUGAAGUGGGUCCAGGAAAUGUCCAAACAGCAGACUACUUUAAAGGCGUGGCCUCCUUCCUCAUAGUCAGCAUCGGUGGGACGCUGGUGGGACUGAUCUUUGCUGUUAUCCUGGCUUUUAUCACUCGUUUCACCAAGAGGGUACGCAUCAUCGAGCCGCUGUUCGUCUUCCUGCUGGUGUAUCUGGCUUACCUCACAGCUGAACUCUUCUCCCUCUCAGCUAUUCUCUCAAUGACCUUUUGUGGCAUUGGUUGCAACAAGUACGUGGAGGCCAACAUAUCCCAGAAGUCCCGCACUGCCGUCAAGUACACGAUGAAGACUCUGGCCAGCAUUGCUGAAACCAUCAUCUUCAUUUUCCUUGGUAUUUCAGCUGUGGACAAGUCCAAAUGGGCCUGGGAUACUGGACUAGUCGUGUGCACUCUCGUAUUCAUCUUUGUUUUCAGAGCUAUGGGUGUAGUCGGACAGACCUGGAUUCUGAACAAGUUUCGACUGGUGCCCCUGGAAAAGAUCGACCAGGUGGUGAUGUCCUACGGUGGCCUGAGAGGUGCAGUAGCUUUUGCCCUGGUGGUAUUGCUGGAUGCGGAGCAUGUGAAGGCGAAAGAUUAUUUUGUUGCAACGACCAUCGUUGUGGUUUUCUUCACGGUCAUGUUUCAGGGUCUGACAAUCAAGCCUCUGGUUAAAUGGCUCAAGGUUCCUCGCAGCACUAACAGAAAACCUACCAUUAAUGAAGAGAUCCAUGAGCGUGCCUUUGACCACAUUCUAGCUGCUGUGGAAGACAUUGCUGGUCUGAAUGGUUACCAUCACUGGAGGGACAAAUGGGAACAGUUUGACAAAAACUAUCUAAGUAAACUGUUGAUGCGCAAAUCUGUGUACCAUAAAAGCGAGCUGUGGGAGGCGUACCAGAAAAUCAACAUCAGAGAUGCUAUCAGUGUUAUUGACCAGGGUGGAAAUGUUUUGACCACUGCUAGACUCUCGCUUCCCUCUAUGGCCAGUAGGACUUCUUUUCCAGAGAUGACCAAUGUUACUAACUACUUGAGAGAGAAUGGUAGUGGGGUGUGUCUGGAUCUUCAGGUGAUUGACACAAACCCUGGUGCAAAGGUUGAGGAGGAAACCGAAACGCAUCAUGUUCUGGCUGGGAAUCUGUACAAACCCAGGAGACGGUACCAGUCUCACUACAGUCGGCACUUCAUGCUGGCGGGCGAUCAGGAGAGGCAGGACCGGGAGGUGUUCCAGAGAAACAUGCGCAGCCGUCUGGAGUCCUUUAAAUCCACUCAGUACAAACGACACAAGAAGGACCGCAGCCAGAAAAAGCGCAAAGGUUCAGAUGCAAAGGAGCAAGAUGCCAUUGAAAAGCCCAGGAGAAACGUCAGCUGGCAAGACAAAGACCCAGUGGUUGUACCUCUGGACUCUGAGGAGGACAAAGGAGAGCACUCAGAGCCAGAGAAGGAUGAGGAUAUUGGGAUCACCUUUGUGGCCCAGAGGGGUUCAGAAACACCAAAGGUGCAACUCAAAUCAGACUCGGCUGUACAGAGCCCGACUGCUGCUCCCCCAUCUCCCACAUGUGAAGAGAAAAAGCUGCCAUGGAAGGAAGAUGUAGACUCUCUGCCUCCAUGUGUGUCUAGCGAGGCCACAAAAGUCAUCCCUAUAGACCUGCAGGAGGCCUGGAACCAGAGCAUCUCCUCACUGGAGAGUCUAGGCUCGCCUCCGGUCAUUCAAGAACCUAAGCACCCUCACGUCAAUAACCUCUCCAGACUCGCCGCACCUAUGUGGCCUCCCACUUCAGGCCAGUUCCACUUUGCUGGAGGCAAAGACGAGGAGGAUGAGAGUGCUGCCUCUCAGCAGCAACAGGAAAUGCAGCCUCUCAUGUUAUCUAAGAGGCUAAUGCCCCAUUCUCUCCCACCCUCUGCCGCACUGCCUUCUGGGAAGAGGAGGAAUCCGUGUAUUUAUCUGAGGAGUCUGGUAACAACACCGCCAGCAAACAGUGUAAUACACAGCAGAAAACCAACACAGUUGUAGUUUAGGAGUAAGAGUUCCUUCAUUAGAUCUUUAUAGAUCUGCUUUUGGGGCCUCUGUUAAAUCAUGCUGCUGGCUACAGUAAUACCCUCAUGCUGAUUUUAUUUCUUAUAAAUAUACAUUUCACCUUUUUGUUUUUAAAAAGUCAGCAUGAAGGUGAAGGAAAGUUGCGACUCCACAGAUCGGACUGUAAGAAAUUCCUUGCUGACUUUGCGUGUUUUCUUUUCUUUUAUUUUGUGCACUCCAAAUGCAUCUCAAGAUAUUAGCACAGAGCAAAGGACUCGGUUGUGUCAGUCAAUCAUGACUUUCAUUUACAAGCCAACCCCAAACUCAGAAAAACAAACAAAAAAAUUUAUUUCAACUUCUAACUCAAAGAAUGUCCGUUUGCCACUUGGCAGUGCCGUAACUGUAUAACUUUAUUAGUUAAAGCAAAACAAAAGCGAGAGAAUAAGAGGCAUUCAGUCCAGCCAAGCCUCACUGUUAAGAGCCCAAAUUCCACUUUUUUGAAUGACUCUUGGCUGAAAAGAGCAGUCCAUUCUCCCCAGCUCUUCUCAGAGAGCGAAAGGAACCGGUGCUCCGUGUCACUGGGUUCUCGAUGGGGCACAAAGCUAGGCUGCUCAAUAAUGCAGCCCACACACAUCUGUGAACUGGAUAUACUCUAUACUGCAUGCUUAUAGGGGCUGUGGCUGUAGAUGUACAUCAUAAACACAGUGUGAUCUCUUUAACAACAGAACAGCAGUUUAUAUUUGAGAGGAGAUAUACUGUAAGACCUGUGCUUCUUAUCACAGACUAGCUGUGCUGUUUGCUGGAUUGAACCACUAGUCUAGUUUGCUCUUUAAAAGCUCUCAUCAUAGCACUUUCUAUAAGUCUUACUUCAUGCCACCUAUACUGUUUUUAUUUGAAUUCUUUUUUUUUCUUUUCAAAGACUCAUGUGAAAUUGUCAAAUGCACAAGGACCAACAUGUCUAUAUGUAGAAUAAUACAAAUCUCUGAAUGAAUAUCCUAUAUACCCACCUUGUAUGUUUAUGUGUGUUUAGCAAUGACUGUGUCUCUUCACAUGCUGUGUGUUUUGUCUGUAAUUCAGGCACUGAAAAUCCACGGUGUAGAAUUCUCAGAUAAAGUCUAAUGUGUCUUAUAUGAGCAUUUUAUUGUAAUCACAAUGACAGUAUGUGAUUCAAAUGCACAUAAACAGAGUUUAAAAUAUUUAUUCAUAAAUGUAUAGUUAUUUGAAAUGGUAGUAAUUUGGACAGCCAAAAAGACCUAAGAUUCAUAACACAUCAAACCUCUGUGUUGGAGAUACUAUCCCUUUAUGCUUGUUGAAUAAAGUUUUUUAGUAUUAUAUGCAAAGCGUAUGAUUUGCACCUCAAGAUCAAAAAGCCAUGUAAAAACCCAGAUUUGUUCAUGUUUAAGCUGCUAUCUCAUGAUUUCUUUUUUCCUUCAUUUUUUUUUUCUUCUGUUCUAUCGUGUACGUCAGUGUGUUCUCAGAAUAUGUCGUGCCUUUAGAAGGAGCCUGGAUAGCGCUGUGUAAGGGGCCUCGAUAUCUGUCGUGCCUGGCAAACAUUGAAGAGCAUUUCGGUGUUGUGCUGUCU